CGUCCGUGAAGGAGCCCCCGAGGCCCACCCUCUUGUCUGACGGCAGCCUGGCCCUCUCCAGGAAUGCCGGCAUGACCGUCGCGCAGAAGGGGAGUCCACAGCCAGCACCCAGCCAAGCGGGAACAGGGGCCAGACUCGGACCAGUCAUAGGAGAGAUGGAUGAAGCCGAUUCUGUAUUUUUGAAAUUUAAGCAAGCAGCUGAUGACUCCCUUUCACUUACAUCCUCGAAUGCCGAGUCCAUUUUUGUAGAAGACCCCUACACUGCCUCACUGAGGAGUGAGAUCGAAUCGGACGCCCACGAGUUCGAGGCCGAGUCCUGGAGCCUGUCUGUGGACCCGGCGUACGCAAAGGAACAAAAGAAGGAGGUGGCGAAGAGACAGGAUGUGAUUUAUGAGCUGAUACAGACGGAGGUGCACCACGUGCGGACGCUCAAGAUCAUGCUGAAGGUCUACUCCAGGGCCCUGCAGGAGGAGCUGCAGUUCAGCAGCAAGGCCAUCAGCCGCCUCUUCCCGUGUGCAGACGACCUGCUCCAGGUGCAUGGCCACUUUCUCUCUCGGCUAAAGGAACGCCGCCGGGAGUCCCUGGAAGAAGGCAGCGACCGGAAUUACAUCAUCCAGAAAAUCGGGGACCUCCUGGUACAGCAGUUUUCAGGUGAAAAUGGAGAGAGCAUGAAAAAGAAAUAUGGUGUCUUUUGUAGUGGACACAACGAAGCAGUCAGUCAUUACAAAUUGUUGCUGCAGCAAAAUAAGAAAUUUCAAAACUUGAUCAAGAAAAUCGGCAGCUCUUCCAUCGUGAGACGCCUUGGCGUGCAGGAGUGCAUUCUUCUGGUCACUCAGCGCAUAACCAAGUACCCCGUGCUGGUGGAGCGCAUCAUUCAGAACACGGAAGCUGGCUCCAAGGACUACGAAGACCUGACCCAGGCCCUGAACCUCAUCAAAGACGUUAUCUCACAAGUGGACACCCAGGUCAGCGAGUGCGAGAAAGGCCAGCGCCUCAGAGAGAUCGCAGGGAGGAUGGACCUGAAGUCCUCCAGCAAGCUCAAGAACGGGCUGCCCUUCCGCAAGGAGGACAUGCUGCAGCGGCAGCUGCACCUGGAAGGCACGCUGGCCUGGAAGACCACGGCGGGGCGCCUGAAAGAUGUCCUUGUCGUCCUGUUGACCGAUGUGCUGUUGCUGCUACAAGAAAAGGAUCAGAAGUACGUCUUUGCUUCUGUGGACUCGAAGCGCCCCGUCAUCUCAUUACAAAAGCUCAUUGUGAGGGAAGUAGCCAACGAGGAAAAAGCCAUGUUUCUGAUCAGCGCCUCCCUGCAAGGGCCUGAGAUGUACGAGAUUUACACCAGUUCCAAAGAGGAGAGAAACGCCUGGAUGGCCCACAUCCGAAGGGCCGUUGAGAGCUGUCCGGACGAGGAGGAAGGGCCCUUCAGCGAGGCCGAAGAGGAGAGGAAGGUGGUGGAGGCCCGCGCCCUGAGGCUGAGGGACUUCCAAGAACGACUGAGCCUGAAAGACCAGCAGAUUGCACAGAGCCUGCGAGAGAAGCAGCAGAUCUUCCUGGAGAUGGCCGAGAUGAGUGGCCUGGACGACUCGGCUCAGCCGCGCCUCCUCUUCCGAGGAGGGGACCUCUCCGAGAACCUGCAGGGCGAGUGGAUCCUCAAGUCAGCCAUGACCGAGAUUGCGGACAUCCAGAGCCUCAUCUGCAGGCGGCUGGGCGGCACCAGUGGCCAGGCAGAUAGGGGUGCCUCUGCGGGCCUGCACCAGAGGGCAGAGGCCUUUGGAGGCUCCGACAGCACCAGCGACCCUGGCAAGAGUGACAGUUGUAGGAAGAAGGUAUGCGGCAGUGACCUCAGCCCAGGAGACUGGCAAGACCCUGUGAGCAGUCCAGAUGCGAAGCUCGGCGACACCCCAGGCGCCUCUGAGGAAGCACCAUGGGCGGUGGAGGCACCAGGCACCGAGUCUGGCCCCCGUCUGCCCACUGUCCUGGAGUUGGAGCUUGUCCAGCGAAUCCAGACACUGUCCCAGCUGCUCCUGAGCCUCCAGGCGGUCAUCACCCAGCAGGACAGCUACGUGGAGAUGCAGAGGGCCUCCAUCCAGGAGCGCGAGAAGCAGUUCCGGCUGCAGUCGACACGCGGGAACCUGCUGCUGGAGCAGGAGCGGCAGCGCAACUUCGAGAAGCAGCGAGAGGAGCUGGCGGGCGUGCAGAAGCUGCAGAGCCAGCUGCGGCUGGAGCAGCAGCGCUGGGAGCGCCAACGGGAGCAGCAGCAGCAGGAGCUGGACCUGGCCGUGGCCCACCUACAGCAGCGCCAGAGCGAGGCAGCGCGGCUGCAGGAGCAGCAGGCCCAGGAGCGCGCCGAGCUGGAGCAGCAGCGCCAGGCCUACCAGCACGACCUGGAACGGCUUCGGGAGGCCCAGCGCCUCGUGCAGCGCGAGCGCGAGCAGCUAGAGCUGCUGCAGAGGCUCAAGAAGCAGAACACAGCGCCCAGGGCGCUGCCACCUGAGCUGCCCACAGAGGCCCAGCCCCCAAGCCACGCCCCCAGCUUCAACGGGGAGGGGCUGGAAGGCCCUGAGCGCCCCGAGGUGGCUCGCCGGGACAGCACCCCAGCCGAGAGCCGGCCGGCCAGGAGCGACGUGCCUAUCCAGCUGCUCAGCACCACCAACCAGAUCCAGAGGCAGGCGGCCGUGCAGCAGCAGAUCCCCACCAAGCUGGCUGCCUUCACCAAGGGCGGCAAGGACAAGGGCGGCAAGAGCAGGGGCUCCCAGCGCAGUGAGAGCUCAGCUUCGUUCGACCUGAAGCAGCAGCAGCAGCAGCUUUUCAGCAAACUCACGGGCAAGGAGGAGUAUGUCUCUCGGAGCCACAGCUCACUGAGUCCCGUCCGGCGCAGCAGCCACCGCUCCGCAUCCCCCCAAGGUGAGCCCAGCCACCCAGGCACAGGGCCUCCGCAGUGCCUGGUGGCUGCCCACACCGCCAUCCUCUGUCUUCCAGACCUCUCCUGCCAGGCGCCCAGCCCAGCUGUGGAGGACACGUCCCCCGAGUGUCCCCCCUUCCUGCCCGUGCCGGGGCCCCUUACCCCACUCGACAAGGAAGAAGCGAGCAAAGAAGACGUCAUCUUCUUCUAGGGCCAGCGGCUUGAGGUGCUGUGCUCUCUGGGACUCGCCGGCUGCCCUCCCCCUGCCCAGCACACCACCAUGGAUGACCCCCUGGCCAGGCUUGGGGUCGGGGUCGGGCCCGCCUGUCGUCUCCAGGCUCUUGCUGUGGGAUUGAUCAUCAGUGGUGCCUUUUUUUAUACAAAAAGGGACAUUUUUAAUCGGAGGCUGAACCUAAGCUAACUGAGCAGCUGUUUUAAUGGCAGCCCCCGCUUGGGUAGGGAGACCCACUCCAAGCAGUUUUUCCAAGGUAGUGACAGACUGGGGGUCCCACACGGAGCCUGACGACGGGCCAGACCUCGGUCUGAGGAGGAGGGGCCCCCCCACAGCCGUUAGGAGACACUGGAGCUGGACUGGUCAUUAGGGCAGCAGAAGGGCCAGGGUAGUGUCAGCUGUCUCCCUUGGCAGAAUCAAAGCCGAGAUGUACAUGGGUUCAUGGUGAGCCUCAAGGCGAGGGUACAGGCAAGACGAGGGCGUACACAGCCCCAGGGACAGAGGGCCCCCAGGGCAGAGUGGCUGGAAAGGAUGGCCAGUUGUACUCAAGUGAGUUCUUUAGGGCAGAACUCAUCUCGAAGGGGUCUGACUGGAACCCGUGUUAAUUUAGUGGGUUUUUUAAAACCUGCUGUAGUCGAUCUCCGUGCUUCCCCAGGCACCUCACCGAGUCCACGUGGCUCUCCAGGUGCUCGGCCUGGGGAAGCCAAAUCAAGAGGUUUGGCCAGGCCAGCACGCCCCAAAGUCCCGGCCCCCAGCAGGGGGCCCUCAGUCCCCAGGAGAUGAGCUGGUUUUCCCAGGGCCUCCAAGAGGAAGUCCCAGGGCUGGUCUCCGGUGCUGAUGGGCUGAUGCAGAUACAGCACAGAGCAGAGCGGUGGCGCUGCCAGUGAAGGUGACACGCUGGGAGCACAUGUGGCCUGGAGACCUCCAGUGGGCAGGUGGCCACCUCACAGGCCCACACAUCCAGUGAGCUGCUGUCGCGGGCUGUCCCCUUAUCCCUGGAAGUGGGCAAGGGCCACCAGUCCACUCGCAAGGCUGUGGGUGUUGGGUGGUGUCACAUCAGGGUGGUGACUGAGCCAGAGCCACGUCCCACCUCUGGCCAAACACAAGCUCGGGUGCUGGUGCAGGAAGGGGACAUGACUCACUUUUCUGCAUCCCAGGCUCCCUCCACCGGCCCAGAGCCCAGCACCUCCCGAAGCGUUGGCAGGAUGGGUCCUGGGCUGCCCAGGAGUUGGGGCACCACAGGGUCAAGGUGACACAGCCAGUGAGUGACGAGCUGACAGCAGCCGUUCAGAACCACUCCGCCCCGGCCCCCGCUGGCCCUGACCCUCAACUCUGCCUACGGGACCAGCAGCAUCAGCAAGGACCAAAGAGACGUGUCCUCCGUCCCCCGGACACGAGAGCCCGUCUGUGCUGGAUCUGUAGUCAGUGUUUUGUGUUUUUGUACUGAGACGAAUCAGAGCACUUUAGAGAAUUCUCCUUUACUUCCUGUCCUUUUGUGACGAGUACAUUCCUGGGCCUCAGGCACACAGGUCCUCGAAAGAGACGUCCAAGCGCCUCCUCGGCAUGUGGUGGCGUCUCCACUCAGGCCGUGCAGCGGGCAGGUCUUCGGCACGUUCUCUGGCCAGUAGCCUGCGGUGACUCCUGGGUAGGGCCCAGUUUUAUUUGUAAAGUUGGCGGCUGAGCAGUGUUACUCCUGUGGGAUCUGGGUACAUCUUUGGUAACUUUGACAUGAUCUUGGUCCACCCAGUGAUGCUAUGAUCGCAGCAUGUCCUCAUGCGGGAUGUUUCAGAACUGCCUUAGAGCUCAAGCCUGAUUCUAGCAAUAAAGGUGUCUGAAGACGA